UCUGAACUGGAUGCGGUGGUCACGAGCCCCCAGGCCCAAGAGGUGGCUCAACUGUCGCCCAGCUUCCCUCCUCCGACCCUGUGAGCUGUUGACCACGAUGGGAAAUGAAGCCAGUUACCCACAGGAGAUGUGCUCCCCCUUCGACCAAGAUGAAAUUAAAAGGCUGGGCAAGAGUUUCAAGAAGCUGGACUUGGACAAAUCCGGCACUUUGAGCGUGGAGGAGUUCAUGUGCCUGCCUGAGCUACAGCACAACCCGUUGGUAAAGCGAGUGAUCGACAUCUUCGACACGGACGGCAAUGAAGAAGUGGACUUCAAGGAGUUCAUCACCGGUAUCUCCCAGUUCAGCGUCAGAGGCAACGAGGAGCAGAAGCUGAGGUUCGCCUUCCGGAUCUACGACAUCGAUAAAGAUGGCUACAUUUCCAACGGGGAGCUCUUCCGAGUGCUGAAGAUGAUGGUUGGAGAGAACCUCAGUAACUGGCAGCUGCAGCAACUGGUGGACAAAACGAUCAUCGUUAUGGAUAAGGACGGUGACAGGAGACUAUCCUUCCAGGAAUUCAGUGCUCUGGUCAGACACCUGGAGUUCCACAAGAAGUUGGUACUGACUGUGUGAGCCCUUUUUGUAACAGCAUCAGCCAACAACUUUUUCUUUCUUUCCUCUUUCUUUCAUCUUUACUGAAGGCGUCCAGCAGCUGCUUCUCCACUACCUAGAAUUGCUUCUCUUUUCCAAGCUUUGUCACCAAUGCAAUGUUAGUAAUUGUUCUCGCCUUGACUCAGGGAAUCGCCCUGAGUAGGAGAGGAGCAAGAUAAAGGAGCUUGGUGGAGAAAGAAAAGAAAUUGCUUAACAAAUAUUUUUGUUUGUUUUGAUUUAACUAUAAAAGGUCAAGAACUUGAAAAGCUCAAAAAUAAGAAAAUAUACGUCUUUGGUUUUCUUUCUCAUGGUGUUGCAGGUGGGAGGAAAUUAUACAACUUGUAUUGGG